CAUGAGCCGUGAAACACAUACAUUUCACGGUUUGGAUUUUUAGAAACGCCUCUAGACAUCGCACACAAGCAAGCAGAUAUAGUAUGCGCGUGAGUGUAUGAACCAUGCCGGAAAAUUCCGUUGAAUGUAGUUGAAUGAGAAAAUGCCAUCGUCAAAAGAGUUUUCUUCUCUUGAAAAAGGAAAAAUUUUCAUUGCUCGCUUCUAUGCUAUUAGGAAAUUCAACAUUGAAGUAGUGGAAAGUGAGAAGGUUUUUUCGGAAGUGAAAUAAAAAAAGCGAGAAAAAUUAAACAAACCCAAACGAAAGUAGACAGUCACAAUCGGUGAAAUAAACAAACAAAAAUGCUCGUUCCACCGCAUAUGAUUGAAGAACAAUCGAAAAUAAUUUAUCAAAUUAACAAGUAUUAUGUCGAGCGAGUUCAAACGCGAAUGUCAAUUAUUGAUAAAACAAUCAGAGAAAUUUGCCAAAUUGUGCAGGACAUCUUAAGGGAAGUUGAAGUGCAGGAACCGAGAUUCAUUUCUAGCUUAUCUGAAUGCAAUGGCAGGUAAUAAAAGCGAAAUAAGGAACUUUAAUUAUUGUUUAGAUUCGCUUAACUCACUCAAAGUCGUACAUAUUUCAGAUAUGAAGGAAUCGACGUGGUAUCGCCAAAUGAAUUUGAAAUUGUUUUAUAUCUCAAUCAAAUGGGUGUCUUUAAUUUUGUUGAUGAUGGAACUUUGCCUGGAUGUGCUGUCUUAAAACUCAGUGAUGGACGAAAACGAUCAAUGUCACUAUGGGUUGAAUUCAUUACAGCAUCUGGCUACCUUUCAGCACGAAAAAUUCGAUCUCGUUUUCAGACACUCGUCGCACAAGCAUGCGAUAAAUGUGAAUAUCGUGAUUUGGUUAAGAUGGUUGCCGAUACGUCUGAUGUUAAAUUAAGAAUUCGCGAGCGUUAUGUUGUGCAAAUUACACCAGCAUUUAAAUGUUCAGGUAUAUGGCCCCGAUCUGCAUCACACUGGCCUAUUAUGAAUAUUCCAUGGCCACAUCCAAAUCUUGUUGCUGAGGUUAAAAUGGAAGGUUUUGAUCUUCUGUCGAAAGAAAGUGUAAUUUUUCAAGGAAAAAAUGCGAAUAUGGAAGGCGAUAGCUGGAUUUUAUCAUUCAAUGAAGCUGAGAAUCGUUUACUUCAGGGCGCCUACAGAAAACGCUGUUUAAGUAUCUUAAAAACUCUUCGAGAUCGUCAUCUUGACUUGCCAGGCAAUCCCAUUACAGCCUAUCAUUUAAAAACUCUUUUACUAUAUGAAUGUGAAAAACAUCCACGAGAAAUGGAAUGGGAUGAAAAUUGCUUGGGUGAUCGAAUCAAUGGAAUCUUUCUUCAGCUCAUUUCUUGUUUGCAAUGUCGUCGCUGUCCACAUUAUUUCCUACCAAGUUUAGAUCUUUUUAAAGGUAAAUCACCGACAUCCUUAGAAAAUGCAUCGAAACAUGUAUGGCGAUUGUCACGAGAAAUGUUGACAAGUACGAGAGCUUUAGAAAAAUUAUAAACAGAAUUUUAGUUCAAACUUUAAAAAAGGAUAUGCUGAUUGGGUCAAUUUAAAUAAGUUUGCAGGAAAUUGAAGCUUUUCAUCCCUACGACAAAAAUUAAAAUUUCAUGUGAUUAUACUUUGUUUCGCUUUAAUUUGAAUUUUUUGAUUUAAAGUUAUGUUAAAAUAGGCUUAAAAAGUAACGUAGAGGUAUAGUGAGUAUUAAAACAGCAGAGAGAUGCUGAGUUAGUGUAUACGUUGAAUUAUUCAUAAGAUAUGAUAACUAAGAAGAAUAAGUAUUGAUUAUUUUGCAUGUAUACGACAACAAAACAAAAUUAUACGACAAAAGUUCAUUAAUAUUACGCUAGUCUAGUCUUUUUAAAAAUAUAUUAUCAACUGUAGAGAGGAAAUAAUAGGUAUUUGCAAUUUAAAAAUUAUGAAACCUA